AUGCACGCUGCAACACCAUUCUGUCGACGCCCAUUACCCGCCCUCUUCGUCAUCGGGAGCCUGGUUCUACUCGCAAGUUUCUGGUACCUCUGGGCGCCUGAUGCGGAGUGCCAGUGCGCUGACGAGGAACGCCCGACCGAAUCACCUCGGGUCAUUGGCUCUACACAGGGCAGGGAACUUGUGACGUUGGUAGUGGUCACGUGCGCGGGCAGCCUGGAGCUGACCAUGGCCAAUCUCAAGUCAGCCGUCGCCUUCUCAAGAGCUCCCCUAAGGCUGAUUCUGUACGCCGAUGAGGAGAACAUCAAGCUUCUUCAAGACAGGAUCAUACAGUGGCCAGCCAGUGUCUUGGCCAGGAUCACCUAUGACCUGCGCUUGGUCAUGUUCCCCAGAAAAGACUACGACAAAUGGAACAAACUCUUCAAGCCCUGUGCAACACAGCGACUUUUUCUCCCGGACAUGCUUCCGAUGGAGGAUGCGGUCUUGUACGUAGACGCUGACGCCCUCUUCCUGAACCCUGUCGAGAAUAUCUGGGAAGUCUUUGAGAAGAUGAACGACAGUCACCUAAUGGCCCUAGUUCACGAGAUUGAAGACGAAGCCAACAACUGGUACAAGCUGGAAGCAAAGCACCCUUUCGUCCCUCCUUUUGGAGUGAACGCUGGCGUAAUGGCCAUGAACCUCACGCGCAUGCGCAACUUCCACUGGGUGUCGCGCAUGGGGCCGCUACUAGGGGAGUACGAGGACCGGAUCUUCCUGGGCGACCAGGACCUAGUGAACAUCAUGUUCAGCGCCCACCCAGACAAGUUGUUCCUGAUGACGUGCCGGUGGAACUACCGCCAGGAGAACUGCGUCUUCCACUCGUCGUGCUCGGGCGAAACACCCGCACUGGUGCACGGAAGCCGGAAUUGCUUCACGGACCCCGACAGGGAGCCCUCCAUCUAUGCCGUCUACUCCGUCAUGCAGAAGUACGAGCUUGGCACGAGCCUGGAGCGGGAAUUCAUCGAUCCACUGGAACGUGAGCUGCACCGGGUUCGGCAAAGCGAGUGUGUCGUCCAGCUCCUGUUCCACGCGAAGCAGUGGCGGAUUCUGGCGAGGCAGUUGGACAGUGAACGAGGCUUUAACGACGACGCCACUAAUGCUGCACCGCCAUCGACGACGUCUACUUGA